CAUGUCUCGAUAAGCAGAUUAGCAGAAGCUCUCCUUCAAGUAUCCCCGACAAUAACCGUCGCCAGUUUCGUAACAGAUGUGGGGGAGAAGGUGUUGCAUCGCGUCUACCAGAUGCGCUGGCGUAAUCCCUGAAGCAAUCCGCUGUCAUCAUUUUGUUAGCUAUCGACCCAUCCGGCCAGUGUCUCUUCUCCGCCCCUCCUUCCCCUCUUUUGCUUCUUCUCGUGGGGUUUCUUCUUCUUCUCGCUUUUAUCUUCCUUCUUGCACAACUCUGCGUCGCCCAGUCAAACUUAAUCUUUCAAAGUCCCUCGUAAGGCACUGUUCAUUUGACGUACGCGCAAUGGCAAUGACGGAUAGAGACACACUUCCUGACGCGGUUAAACCAGUGCACUACCAUGUGUCCUUAUAUGAUCUCGAGCUUGGUGGUGCUUGGGGUUACAAGGGUAUUGUUAAGAUAGAUUCCACCAUCACCCGGCCCACCAAGGAAGUUGUGCUCAAUUGCAAGGAUAUCGAGGUCCAUAAAGCAGAAAUUUUGGGAAAAGAUGGUACGCAAUUCGCGAAGGCGUCUAAAAUCACGUAUGACAAAAAGUCAGAACGCGUGUCUUUUAUGUUCUCUCUAGAAAUAUCGCCUUCAGACAUUGUGGUAUCUAUUGCCUUCACCGGCACGAUGAACAAUGCCAUGGCUGGUUUCUACCGCUCAAAGUACAAGCCUGCCGUGCAGCCCACGGCUGAUACACCCAAAGAAGGUGACUUCUACUACAUGCUUAGUACUCAAUUCGAGUCUUGUGACGCACGAAGAGCCUUCCCUUGCUUCGAUGAACCAAAUCUUAAGUCAACUUUCGACUUUGAGAUCGAGGUUCCCAAAGGGCAAACUGCCUUGAGCAAUAUGCCGAUCAAGUCAGAACGAGACGGUAGUAAGCCCGACCUCAAGUUUGUGUCCUUUGAAAGGACCCCAGUCAUGAGCACUUAUCUUUUGGCAUGGGCUGUUGGUGACUUCGAGUACGUUGAAGCUAUGACUCAACGCAAAUACAGCGGAAAGAACAUACCAGUCCGUGUCUACACUACGAAAGGGCUCAAAGAACAGGCACGUUUUGCCUUGGAAUGUGCUCACCGCACCGUCGAUUAUUUCUCGGAAGUAUUCGAAAUUGAAUAUCCCUUGCCCAAGGCUGAUCUUCUUGCCGUUCAUGAGUUUGCCAUGGGUGCCAUGGAGAAUUGGGGUCUUGUCACAUAUCGUACGACCGCAGUUCUAUUUGAUGAGGGAAAAUCCGACACCCGCUACAAGAACCGCAUUGCAUACGUCGUGGCUCAUGAAUUGGCCCAUCAGUGGUUUGGCAAUCUUGUGACUAUGGACUGGUGGAACGAGCUUUGGCUGAACGAAGGCUUCGCAACUUGGGUUGGCUGGUUGGCUGUUGAUCAUUUUUAUCCCGAAUGGAACGUUUGGUCUCAGUUUGUCGCUGAAGGGGUGCAACAAGCGUUUCAGCUCGAUUCCUUGCGCGCAUCUCACCCCAUUGAAGUUCCCGUAAGGAACGCUUUGGAAGUAGACCAGAUUUUUGACCAUAUCAGCUAUCUGAAGGGAAGCUCGGUGAUUCGCAUGCUGAGUGAUCAUCUUGGUCGACAAACGUUCCUCCGUGGUGUGGCCGACUACUUGAAGAAGCAUGCGUAUGGUAAUGCUACUACAAAUGAUCUCUGGUCUGCCCUCAGUCAAGCUUCCAACCAGGAUGUCCAUAAAUUCAUGGUGGGUCAGAUCUUGCUCGCUUCGCCUUCUGGGGUUUUUCUAACUCUUCCUCAAAAGGAUCCGUGGAUCCGAAAGAUUGGCUUUCCUGUUCUCACCGUGGCAGAAGAGCCAGGGCAAAUUAGCAUUCGCCAGAACCGAUUCCUUUCAACUGGGGAUACAAAGCCUGAAGAGGACGAGACGACAUGGUGGGUUCCGCUGGGCAUCAAAUCAGGACCCCGGCUGGCCGACGUGAAUUCACGCGCCCUUGUCUCGAAAUCUGACACUAUUGCGGGCGUCGGUCAAGAUUCAUUCUACAAAAUCAACAAGGAUCUGUCAGGCUUCUACCGCACGAACUACCCUGCCGACCGUCUAGCGAAGCUGGGCCAAUCUUUGGACCUGUUAAGUACCGAAGAUAAGAUUGGCCUCAUCGGUGAUGCUGCUGCUCUCGCUGUGUCCGGAGAGGGAACUAGUGCUGCAUUAUUAGCUCUACUAGAAGGAUUUAAGGGGGAGGAAAACUACUUGGUUUGGUCACAGAUUUCGUCGUCGGUCGCAAAUUUGCGCUCUGUCUUUUCGCAGAAUGACUCAGUAGCUGCUGGAUUGAAGAAAUUCACACUCGCAUUGGCAUCUCCCGCCGCCGAAAAAUUAGGCUGGGAAUUUAAGUCCGACGAAGAUUAUCUCACUGUGCAACUUCGUAAGCUUCUAAUCGGCAUGGCUGGGUUUGCGGGUCAUGAAAGCAUCGUUACUGAGGCGAAACGGCGAUUCGAUCUUUGGGCUUCAGGCAAGGACAAGAGUGCAGUGCACACGAACCUGCGCUCGGCAAUCUUUGGCAUCACGAUCGCUGAAGGUGGACGCGACAAAUAUGAUUCCGUGAAGGAAGAGUAUGUCAAGACCGACUCGGUCGAUGGCAAGGAGAUUUGCCUCGCCGCGCUUGGACGUGUCAAAGAUGCUGAUCUCGUCUACGACUAUCUGGACUUUGUUUUCUCUGACAAAGUGGCAAUCCAGGACGUGCACAAUGGUGCCGUGGCUUUGGCUGCUAACUCGAAAGUCCGCCAUCUUCUGUGGGAGUACAUGAAGAAAAAUUGGGAUGCCGUUGAAGCCCGACUUUCGGCGAACAACGUCGUCUUCGAGCGCUUUGUGCGAAUGGGCCUGUCGAAAUUCGCAGACCAUAGCAUUGGGGAGGAUAUCGCUUCCUUCUUCAAGGACAAGGAUACAAGUCCCUAUGACCGCGCCUUGGUGAUCGUUGCUGACUCCAUACGAACAAAUGCAAACUACAAAGAAAGGGACGAGAGACUGGUUUUGGAGUGGCUUCAGGCUCAUGGCUAUGCCUGAUUGCUGCAAACAAGCUGCUAAGAGGCUUGAUUGGAAGUUUGUAUUGCAAUGCAAUCUUUGGGUCCCAUAUUUCUGGUCAUAUCGGGAUGGUUCUCAUUUAUUACAUGCAACAGAAGUCAAUAUGUGCUUGGCCAUGUCAAUGGCUACAUAGGCCUAUUUUUAUGAAGGACAGCUUCAGAUUGUGGCAAAUCAAAAGUAUCUACUUCUCAAAAGACAAUGUCCGCGCAGUCUCAGAUAACACUAGUAAUGGCUUACUCUCUCCUUCUACUGAACUCAGCAAUGAUGACACACAGCGGCAAGUAU